AUGACCCAAUGGCUUCUGGUUCUGCAACAGAAGCAAACACACGACGACAAAAAGAAAGGGAAGAAUGACCCAAAGGCUUAUGGUCCUGCAGUGGAAGUAGAUAAUGUAACAUAUGAGCAACCACACUACACUGACCUGGGACAUUUAGGGAGUAGUAUGUACCAAAAUCAAAUACAGAUACCAGGCUACUAUCCGGGCUACUAUCCACAUGGAAAUGCUUUUGUGCGUCCGCCUUUCAGUUCAUUCUUUGGUACCCCGAACCAUGGUCAAGAUACACAACAAGGAAAUGUCACUCAGUCAUUCAAUACAAAUCCCUAUAAUGUGUUUGCCAAUUUUAAGUGA